AUAGGUUUUGUGAUGUCGUCCAUAUGAUACGUCAUCGUGCGCUACCGAGAAAUCAAGUGACAGAAGAUUUUGUUAUUGACAUUUUUUUUUUAAUUAAACUUCCAAGCACCUCAUGAUUACGAGUUAACUCAAGAAUAAUUCAACCCCUGUUGCCCACUAUCAUCAGUUUUAAAAAAUUACGUAUAUGAAAACAGUAGCGAAAUUCUCAUCGAUUAUUCCGCGCAGUGUAUACAUAACCUAAAAAACAGUGAAACUUUCAACUCCCCAAUCGUAAUUAGUUGAUGAUUUUGAUAAUAAUAAAGCUCGAACAAAAACAAGUGAAAAUUUGAGUGUACACAACAACAAACGAGGAUGGCUUGGUUGUCAGGGCUUGCUGGCAAGGCCGAAACUUUGCUUAACAAAAUAGACCAGAAUACCGCAGCUGUGUUGAGCACUGACAAAAAUUCUUACGAUCAAAUGUCACUUAUUUCAAGUAUCAAUCGAUCGCCUCAGCGCCAAAACGUGAUUGAAGCAGACAAAAUAAUAGAAUCUCCAAAACGUUUAACACGCCCUGUACGUUCGGAUCUUAACAUGGAAGUUUCAUCAUCUCCGUCAUCUUCAAAGAUGCAGGAGCAUGAAGAACUUAUGACAUAUUUGAACACUCCAAGUAUCACUCCAAGUCGCAGUGUUAUCGGCAUUGGCACUGGGCCACCAACACCAUCCUCAUUGGUAGUUGAACCAUCCACAGAAAAUUCUGACUCGAUAUCGGAUUUGGUGAUUCACAGUGGACGCACAAGUCCAGAACCAUUGAGAAUAACUCUUGAUAUUUCGGACAACGAAUCUACCGACGAGACCAAUUUAAAUUUGACAGAUGAAAAUUCUCUGCUGCGUCAGGAGAUUGAGAAAUUACAAAAUGAAUUGAUUGUCACUAGCCACAUUGAGAAAUCAAUCGAGAGCGAGAACGGUGGGUUUCGAGAAAAAUUUGAUACUCUUCGCCGAGAGUACGAAUACCGAUUGGCACAACAAAAAUUAGAGAUGGAAAGACUGAUCGAAAGGUCCGUCGAUGGAGAAACCAAAAGAUCUCUUCGUGCUGCCAAAAAAAUUCUCUCCGAUAAAACAGAAAGCAUGAGGAAACAACGCACCGAUCAUCAAAAAGAAAUUGAUGCUCUCAGAGAAAAAAUAAAACUCUAUGACAAAGAGGCCAGUGAGAGUUCAAGGAAAUUAAAUGAAACUCAAACAGCACUGGAACGAUGUCGUUUGGAACUCAAUGCUACAAGAUUGGAUCUGGAACAGCACAGAGCUAGAGCGCUCAAAACUCUACAGGAAAAAGAAAAACUCAUUGCCGAAUUAAGAAACGACUCGAGAGCUGGCUCGGAUGACAACACUAUGAUCAUGGAAUUGAAUCAAUUGAGACAAGAAUGCGAAGUGUUAAGAGAAGAAAAUCAACAAGUACGGGAACAAUUACGAUUAUCGCGCGAGGAAUUGAUGAACGUGGAUUUGAAAAUCGAAGAAACGAGUCGUAAAGCAAUUGAAGCGACGAGAGAAACUCAUGAAAUAGUAUCAGUUGAGCGUCAAAGGCGAAUCGAAGCUGAGGAAGAAGCACAACAUCAUUUGGAGGAAGUGAGAAAUUUACGGGAUGAAUUGGAAACGCAACUAAACAACUGGUCGACGAAAUAUCGAAAACAAGAAACGGAGAUAACGCGAUUACGGUCGCAGCUUUCUGCAGCUUCGACACCCUCUAGCGCGGUCGAGUCGAGGCUUUCAAGUCUAACGCAAACUUUGGUUUCGAAGCAGCAAGCACUGGAGAGUUUAACGACUGAAAAAAAUGCGCUGAGAUUGCAGCUCGAAAAAAUGGAGCUUGAAUACCGGAAGAUCGUAGCGAGUUCGAGAAAAAAUUGUUACAACAGUGUCAACGACACGGACGACGCAAAAGCUCAAAUACCGACCUUUUUCUUGGAGAGUCCGUUCGACACCGGUGUCGCAAGACGCGUUAAAAGGGCUUAUUCGACUCUCGACGCGAUAAGCGUUCGAACUGGAGUUUUCCUUCGUCGUUAUCCGCUUGCAAGGAUUUUCGUCAUUAUUUACAUGGCUUUGUUACAAUUCUGGGUUGUGGUAGUGCUUUUUUCCCAAUCACCGGAAGCCCACUGAGAUGUGGCAAAGCGUUUUCAAGUAUCUUAUAUAAAUAUGUAUAAAUAACGAGACACGAUUAUCGUAAGACCCAAUAUUUUCGUUUUUUUGAUUGUAUUUUUUAUUGUACAAGAGUUUAUUAGUAAUACUUCGAAGGUUCUGGCUGUGAAUCCUCUCAAGUCGUUGACUCGCAUAGGAAAACAGGCAAUAAAUAAAUAAAUCGAUUUCUAAUAAAACGUUAAA